AUGGCUCCUACGGUGCCACCGGGGCCCGGGGUGGACGGAGAGGAUGGCAUCGCUGAGGAAGGGCUCGUCCCCGUUUACCCCCAGACGAAGUCCCCCAAAUUAAUCAUUUUGGCGGUCACGCUUUCCAGAUGUAAACACAGUUGCUUUACUCGUCAAAAGCAAGUAAUUAACAGAGGAGUCCUGGCCACGGGCGAUCAGGACCUACCUGGAGUUUCGGUGUCUGGACUUGAAGGACAAGAUGGUAUAUGUGAAGAUCAUGCUGGAGACCUGCAGAAACACUUUAAUCUCAUUACCAUGCAAGAAUUUUUGGAAAAUAAGACACAGCUGGGUCCAAAGAUCCAAGCCGUGUACGUCUGGGGCGGAAGGCCGGCCGUUAGCCAGGAGCUGCUGCGCAGCCCGCCCUCCUUGAAGAUCGUUGCCAGCGUAGGGGCGGGGCUGGACCGCCUGGACCCGGGACUCGUUGCCAGCUUUGGUGUGAAGGCGGCCAACACGCCACACGCCGUUUCCAGCCCGACGGCAGACCUGGGGAUGGCCUUGCUGCUGGGCGCAGCUCGGAGAGUCAUGGAAGGUCAUCAGUUGGCUAUUUCGCCACAUACGGGGAACCUUUCUACAAACUGGAUGGCUUAAGAAGUGACAGGGAGCAUUCUGGGAAUUAUCGGCGUGGGCAGCGCUGGCUGUAAGAUCGCUCAGCGGGCCAGAGCGUUUGACGUGGAGAUUCUCUACCACAACAGGAAACGCAGAAAACCGGAGGAGGAGGAAGCCACUGGGGCCACUUACUGUGAGGGGCGGGAUGACGUGCUUCAGCGAUGGGUUGUGAUGCUGGCCGUGAGCCUGACGCCCCAGGCCCGGGGCCAUGGGAGGCGGGAGCGGAGAGGGGUGGAGCCCACCGCCAUUCUCCCGGCGAGCGGUCUCGUCCACCCAGGUCUGUUAGUUGAUCAAGACGCCCUGGUGGAAGCCCUUCAGACCGGGGUCAUUAAAGCAGCAGUGCUGGAUGUGACGUACCCAGAACCCCUGCCCAGAGAUCAUCCUUUGUUGGAGUUGAAGAACGUCACUCUGACACCUCACAUUGGAAGUGCAACUCAUCAAGCAAGACGACAAACAAUGGAAAAUUUGGUUGAAAGCAUCCUGGCUUCUCUCAAUGGCCUUCCUAUUCCUAAUGAAGUGCUAUUUAAAUGAUUUAUGUGGGCUGAGAAUUCAAUGGGAUGAAAACAUGGCAGAUUAAAUGGGCAAAAAACACUUAUUUUGUAUGUUAAGAGUCCAUUAUAUAGAUUGAAUUAAUACCACUUAGAUGAAAAA